AUAAGUUAGCUGAGCGCCAAAAGGCCUAGCUGCCAAGCUUUUGUCCGUGCUCAAGCCACCAAACGCUUGCAGCUCAACCCUCGGCACGGCAAGAGUAUUUGCACGCUAGCUUCAUUCGUUCAUUGGACUCUCUUACUCCCUCCGUCCCUCGCACACCCGGCCACACGGCAACAAAACAGUCAGAGAAAUUAAGAGCAGAGCGAGCGAGAGCGAGAAGCAAGCAAGCAAGCGCCAUGGCGGCGUCCAACGGCGAGGCCGUCCACGGCCGGUUCGACGUGAUCGUGGUGGGCGCGGGCAUCAUGGGCAGCUGCGCGGCGUACGCGGCGUCCUCCCGCGGCGCGCGCGCGCUGCUCCUGGAGCGGUUCGACCUGCUCCACCACCGGGGCUCCUCGCACGGCGAGUCCCGCACCAUCCGCGCCACCUACCCGCAGCCGCACUACCCGCCCAUGGCGCGCCUCUCGCGGCGCCUCUGGGAGGAGGCCCAGGCCGACGCCGGCUACCGCGUGCUCACGCCCACGCCGCACCUCGACCUGGGCCCGCGGGACGACCCCGCGCUCCGCGCCUCCAUCAGAAACGGCGGCGCCGCCGAGGUCGCCGCGUCCUGGCCGUGGGCGGGCGUGUUCCGGGUGCCGGAAGGGUGGACGGCGGCCACCAGCGAGCUCGGCGGGGUGAUGAAGGCGACCAAGGCGGUGGCCAUGUUCCAGGCGCUCGCCGUCAGGAAGGGCGCCGUCGUCAGGGACCGGACGGAGGUGGUUGACAUCGCCAAGCCAGCGGAUGGAUCAAUCUUGGUGAGGACAGCGAGUGGCGAGGAAUUCCAUGGCGCCAAGUGCAUCGUAACGGUUGGCGCAUGGACAAGCAAGCUGGUCAAGUCAGUCAUCGGCAUGGACCUGCCGGUGCAGCCGGUGCAGACGCUCAUCUGCUACUGGAAGGUGAAGCCCGGCCACGAGAGCGAGCUCACCACGGAGGCCGGCUUCCCGACGUUCGCCAGCUACGGUGACCCCUACAUCUACAGCACGCCGUCGAUGGAGUUCCCGGGCCUCAUCAAGAUCGCCAAGCACGGCGGCCCGCCGUGCGACCCGGACAGCAGGGACUGGUCCACGGGCGCCGCCGACCUGGCGGAGCCCGUAGCCCGGUGGAUCGACGCCUUCAUGCCGGGCCACGUCGACACCGCCGGCGGGCCGGUCAUCCGGCAGUCGUGCAUGUACUCCAUGACGCCCGACGAGGACUACGUGAUUGACUUCCUCGGCGGGGAGUUCGGGAAGGACGUCGUCGUCGGCGCGGGGUUCUCCGGCCACGGGUUCAAGAUGGGGCCGGCUAUCGGGAGGAUCCUGGCGGAGAUGGCCAUGGAUGGGGAGGCGAGGACGGCGGCGGAGGCUGGAGUAGACCUCCAGCCCUUAAGGAUCGAUCGGUUUGUUGACAAUCCAAAGGGAAACCUCAAGAAUCCUGGAGAUCAGGACAAAUAACGAGCACCGUCCCUCUAUGGGAGAUCAGAUCUUCAACCAUUCAUGAUCAAGUCAAAAUGUGUGUAUGGCAUGGCAAUUGCUUUGUCUGGAAUAAUCUGUCGAACAUUGCAUUGUAAAACUUUCCUUUGUUCUGUUGGAGUGUCAGGAAAUUGAAGUGCAUCGCCUUUGGAUGUGUACCAAAAGCCACCAGCUCAACUGCAUUCAGCUGUGGAUACAUGUUUCAGUAUUAACUGGUUUGUUGAGAACUUGCGAUGCCUCUUGUGUAGUUCUGAAUUCUGAUGAUCAUAGGCUGGCAAUCAAAUCCCUUGAGCA